CUCGCCCCCUGCGGCCCCGCCUGUCUCCCUCCCAUGGUCCCGCUGCUCCUCCAGCUCCCGCCCUGCCCGGCCCCGCUUCCGGGGCCCGGACCCCGUAUCCUCUCAGCGAAAUCGCACAGGUGCGGCCGGCUCUCGGACGUCCCAAGCCCAGGUGGCUUCCGCGUCAAGAUGGCUGCCUCAUGCAGCCGCACGCCGCCAGUGGCUCCGCUGCUGCGCGCCACGCUCUGCCUGCUGUGCUGGGCCCCGGCGGCCGUGGGCGCUGUCCCCGAGCCCGGGCGCUGGGAAGUGACUGUCAGCGACAAAUCAGGACCUUUGAUAUUUAGGAAAACUAUGUUUAACUCAACUGAGAUCAAAUUUUCUGUUAAGUCAUUCCAUUGUUCUGGGCCUAUGAGAUUUACCAUAGACUGGCACUUGAAGCAUUAUACCUGUCAAAAUGAAUAUUCUCAGCUGGAAGAGCUGUCACAGGAGCUCAAAAGUGCCGGUGAAGACUUUUGUGGCCGUUAUUUCAAGAACAGCGAAUGUUGGACAACAAAAAAUGAAAACUUAGCUUGCGACAGUGGUUUACAGGUGUUUCCCUCUUUAUAUACUAAAGAACUAAUUACAAAUAACAGAAAUGCUUCAAACCAGGAAGGAUCAAUGGAUGUUGUCGCAAGAACACAGAGAGAUGGGUUUCACAUCUUCAUUGUUUCGAUUAAAACGGACAAAACAGAUGCAAAGUGGAAUUUGAAUGUUUCCCUUUCUAUGAUGGGGCCAAAAGGAUAUCUCUCUGCCUCAGAUUGGCCUCUCAUGAUUUUUUACAUGGUGAUGUGCAUUGUUUACAUUUUGUAUGGCGUGCUUUGGCUGACGUGGUCUGCCUGCUACUGGAAAGACAUAUUAAGAAUCCAGUUCUGGAUCGCAGCUGUUAUUUUCCUGGGAAUGCUUGAAAAAGCAGUUUUCUAUACCGAAUACCAAAACAUCAACAGCACUGGACUGUCAACCCAGGGUCUGUUGAUAUUUGCAGAGCUGACAUCUGCGGUGAAGAGAACGCUGGCUCGCCUCCUGGUCAUCAUCGUGAGCCUGGGCUACGGCAUUGUGAAGCCUCGCUUGGGGACAGUCAUGCACCGGGUGAUCGGACUGGGGCUCCUCUACUUUAUCUUCGCAGCGGUCGAAGGCGUGAUGAGAGUCGUUGGGGGCUCUAGCCACUUAGCUGUUGUUUUUGGUGACAUUAUUUUAGCAGUUAUCGACUCCAUUUUUGUAUGGUUCAUUUUUAUAAGUUUGGCACAAACUAUGAAGACUCUGAGGCUAAGAAAGAACACGGUGAAAUUUUCUUUAUACAGGCACUUUACAAGUACUCUGAUCUUUGCCGUGCUGGCUUCUGUAGUGUUUAUGGUGUGGACAACUAAGACAUUUAGAUUUGCAAAAUGUCAAUCAGAUUGGAUGGAACGCUGGGUUGAUAAUGCAUUUUGGAGCUUCCUGUUUUCACUCAUCCUUAUUGUAAUAAUGUUUUUGUGGAGACCAUCAGCAAAUAAUCAGAGGUAUGCCUUCAUGCCCUUAAUUGAUGAUUCGGAUGAUGAAGUUGAAGAGUUCAUGGUAACAUCUGAAAAUUUAACUGAAGGAAUAAAAUUAAGAACCUCGAAAACGGUUUCCAAUGGAACAGCUAAAGCUGCUGCUUCUGAUAACUUUGAUGAAGAUUUGAAGUGGGUAGAAGAAAAUAUCCCUUCUGCCUUCACAGACAUGGCUCUUCCAGCGCUGGAUUCAGAUGAGGAAAUCAUGACCAGAUCUGAAAUGGCACAGAAAAUGUUCUCUUCAGAAAAGAUAAUGUGAUUUGGAACCACAUGAAUGAGACCUAAUUAACAGUGAAGGACUUUCCAAGUCUAAGAGACUUGUUCUGAUAUCAUGCGGCAAGUUUUUGUUGCAUUGUCUUGGAAAUCUGUGUGUUAAAAAGAAUCGUGCAGAAGUGGGAGGGUUCUGCAGCCCUCUUCAAGCUGACUUGUGAAUGUCCGUUGAGUUGCCUGGACUUGGAAAUAACCUGAGCAAACCAGGUGUUAUGACAAAGAAUGUGCCCCAAUGGGCGUCAGGCAUGUGGGUUGGGUUGUCUCUUUUUCCUGGAAAAUGUGGUCAUUCCAGAUUUAAACCUUUUCUUUACAUAAACACUUCCUGUUCUUCCACGGACCUCUGAGGUAGAUGGAGUGACUGCUGAAGCGUGGUCGAGCAGUGUGUCCCUGCCUUGGGUUUAGAGUCACCACAUGCAGUAGUAACUUCCUUUUUUUCUGCUGAAGUUCAUUGGAACAUGGCAUGUACAUGUGGCCAGUUGCUGUGUGGGGGACAUUGCACACAUCUGACAGAGCCAUUUGUCCUUGUCACCCUGCACAUCAGACCCACUGCCUGAGCUCAGGGGACACGGGUACAUGGAGAGAGGGUCUUGAGAGUCACUUCCAAAGAUUUGCUCUGCCACUGUCCCCUCGCUCAGGCUAUCUAUGCUGCUGAACUGCCUGCAGGUGGUGAGCACCUGGCCACAUGGCUCCCCCAGGGCACCUCCUGCCGACAAGCUGGGGCUUCUGGGGGAAACCAGAGACUUACCUCUUGUGUAAUCUUGGUGUCUUUGAUUUUGUAAUAAAACAUUUAACUGUACGGGACAUCACUGUUCAUAAUGUAAUUAAUUUCUUAACCUUCAACCAUGUUUUAUACAUUAUUUUGUUACAUUAUAAUGUGUGAUUUCAAAUUUUUGUUUUAAUUUUUUUUAUUGCAGAACAUUCUAAACUUGAAAGGCAGUCAAAUGUGGUAUGGAAAUGUGAAUGUUUGCUGUGUUCGUGACCAAAGAUACAGGGCUGGUGGGCAUUUAGAGGAGGGAUUAAGGCGACAACCAUGGAUGUCUUUCUUUGAAAGAGUUCUAACCUUAUCAGUUGACAAUGACUUCAGAGAAUUCUGAUUGAGAAGUAUUAAGUCUUUACCAGUGUAGACACUUAAAUACAACCUUUUAUUUUUUUCAUUGUGAAACCACAAAACAAAAUUUGUCUUUCAAAAUUCUUCCUUUGGAAUUUAUUUCUCAUUUACCCAUUUCACAGGAGCUAGGGAAAGAAAAGAUUUCUCUCUAAUAGUAGUGUCUCUUGAAAAAUACUUUCAGGUUUACUUUCAUAGUGAAUAUUGCACAGUGUCAUACUGAGAGCAUGGUGGUCACGAUGCCGGUGCUCCCCCUCCCACGAGAGGAACGUCUGAUUUCACAGUGUGGGCUCCAUGCCUUGUGUGGCCCCUGCCACCAUCCUGGGCCGCAUCUUUUACACUUCCCAGCAUCCAUGUCCGUUCUGGUGUUGGUGCCUUUUCCCUUGGUCCCAGUGUCUCAACCCGGAGGUGACCACUGUCCUCCCAUUCCGAACAGUUUUAUCUAAUGCCACUGCCUGGAUUUCAGGGCACAUUCACCCCCAAUGCCUCUGGUCCUAGUUCAGUUUUAGCAACUGCCACCUAGUGGGGUGGCGUGGGGACCGACGGGCUGUCCCCGCCGUGGCCUCAGCAGUGUUGAUCGAAGCCCUGCUCUGUGCAGCUGCAAAGGGAGUGGUGGCACCUGGUUGGCCAGGCUGCUGCUGAAAGGCAGGCUGUCCUCGCGUGCAGGAAGCAGGGCCCCUCCCAGAGGGAGGCCUGUCAGAAUGUUUUCCAAGGGCAUGCACUGUGUCUGUCACUGUUGAUAUGGCCUGGCUCGAGGAUUCCCGUGGAGGGCACCUGGGGCUGAGUGUGGUUCAUCACGACGUAACAGCCAGGGCCACUGUGCAGCUGUCCUGCUUCUGCUCAGAGGUUCCAGAGACUGCUCAUCAAGGUCAGACCGAUUGAUUCUUAGAAACCACCAAGAUGGGUCUCCUAUUAACGAAGGGAUCUGGCUGGGGACAAGGGUCCAGCUUUAUGUGUUUCUAGGCCAAAAUGCUUAAGUGUUCUUAUGCAGUUCAUAUUGCGCUUAUAUGAUGUGUGAAAUUUGCUUAAAAGGGAAUUUUCAUGAUUUGAGUUAGAUUAGUAUUAGUAUCUGCUUUAAAGGAUAAAGUUAAUUUAUUUCAAAAAUAAGAGAAAGCAAAUGAAUAUGUGAAGUUUUUAAACCCGGGAGAUGAUAAGCUGUUCUCAUACUUUUCCUGUAAAGAAAAUAAUUUUUUAAUCCUUCAUAAUCUGUGGAGAAUACCAGCCUUCUCCCUGUAACACAGUACAUUAUGUUUGCACUACUGUCAUGUCAAGACUAAAAGUAUAAAAAAUAUACAGAUAAGGUUGAUCUAUAUUUCCUUUUUUAAAAGAGGUUUGAGUCUGUACUUGACAGGUUUAAAGUUGAGAGAUGUGAUGCUAACUUUAUAAUAAGUCACUAAUUUUGGUACUUGUGUCUGUAUGAUCAACAGUAUACAGUACGAAACACCAGGCCUUAUACUGGUAAUUAAAGUUCUAAACAUGUCACAUGUAUGUAAGUGACAAAUGAGACUUAAGGAAAUGUACAUUAUAAUACAGGAGCUUUCUGCUGCAGUAAGAAACUCCUUUGGAAUGAGGAAAACAUGUAUUUGGGGAGAAAGUUUAGGGCUGAAGUUGUAUUUUUCUAUUUAAAAUGGUUAAAUUAUUGUAUAACUUGGAAGAAGUUCCUUUGAAUGUGGGACAAAACUAUUUCAAAGAUUUUUGUUUGAAAAUAUUGAUGUAUUUUGUGCCUUAAUAUUUGUUCUGACUUUUAAAAUAAGAUUUUCAUUAAAAUAUAACUAACAU